GGAGACAGAGCUCAGAUGAAAUCAAAAGAACGAUAAAGUUUGGAGGAGAAAAAGAAGCUGCAAUUGCUUUCCUGGUCUGCAGUUUGACAGGGCAUUAAGAUGUCCGUGGACAUGAACAGCCAGGGCUCUGACAGCAAUGAAGAGGAUUAUGACCCUAAUUGCGAGGAGGAGGAAGAGGAUGAGGAUCCUGGGGAUAUUGAGGAUUAUUAUGAUGGGGUAGCUAAUGACGUGGAGCAGCAGGGAGCAGAUGCCUUUGAUCCAGAAGAAUAUCAGUUCACCUGCCUGACUUACAAGGAGUCGGAGAGCACUCUGAAUGAACACAUGGCCAGCUUGGCUGCCACAUUAAAGGUAUCACAUGCGGUUGCAAAGCUAGUAUUAGUUAGUUUCCACUGGCAAAUCUCAGAGAUUUUGGAACGGCACAAGUCUAAUGCUGCCCAAUUGCUAGUAGAAGCACGAGUUCAGCCCACCUCAUCCAAACAUGCAAUGGUACAUUCCUCCCAUCACUGCGCAGUGUGCAUGCAGUUUGUCCGGAAGGAGAACUUGCUCUCUCUGGCUUGUCAGCACCAGUUCUGUCGCAGCUGUUGGGAGCAGCAUUGUACAGUGCUCGUCAAGGAUGGUGUUGGAGUCGGGGUCUCCUGCAUGGCUCAGGACUGCCUACUUCGGACACCAGAAGACUUUGUGUUUCCAUUGCUGCCUAGUGAAGAGCUGAAAGACAAAUACAGGCGCUACCUCUUCAGGGACUAUGUGGAGAGCCAUUAUCAGCUGCAGCUGUGUCCUGGUGCAGAUUGCCCUAUGGUCAUACAGGUACAAGAGCCGAAAGCCCGGCGAGUGCAGUGCAAUCGUUGCAAUGAGGUCUUCUGCUUUAAGUGUCGGCAGAUGUACCAUGCACCCACAGACUGUGCUACCAUUCGGAAAUGGCUCACGAAGUGUGCAGAUGACUCCGAAACAGCCAACUACAUCAGUGCUCACACUAAAGAUUGUCCCAAGUGCAAUAUCUGUAUUGAAAAGAAUGGAGGCUGCAAUCACAUGCAAUGCUCCAAAUGCAAGCAUGACUUCUGCUGGAUGUGUCUGGGAGACUGGAAGACUCACGGCAGCGAGUACUACGAAUGCAGUCGGUACAAAGAGAAUCCUGAUAUUGUAAACCAGAGUCAGCAAGCACAGGCCAGGGAGGCCCUUAAGAAGUACUUGUUCUAUUUUGAGAGGUGGGAGAAUCACAAUAAAAGCCUACAGCUGGAGGCACAGACAUACCAACGAAUCCAGGAGAAAAUCCAAGAAAGAGUUAUGAACAACUUGGGAACAUGGAUAGACUGGCAAUACCUACAAAAUGCUGCAAAACUACUUGCAAAGUGUCGUUACACCCUGCAGUACACAUAUCCAUAUGCCUAUUACAUGGAGUCUGGUCCCAGAAAGAAACUGUUUGAGUACCAGCAGGCCCAGCUGGAAGCUGAAAUUGAAAAUCUCUCGUGGAAGGUGGAGCGAGCAGACAGCUAUGACAGAGGGGACUUAGAGAAUCAGAUGCACAUAGCAGAGCAGAGACGGAGGACCCUGCUGAAAGACUUCCAUGACACAUAAGACAGGAGGAAGUGACAAAGUGCAGGGGUGAGAGCAGCGAGUGAAGUGAUGGCAGCUUCACCAGGAUAAGCAGGCACUGCCUCUGGGAGAACACGGCCAAGGACAAAGCCACCCCUCCCCUUGCAAGUCAGACACAUGCAAACACCACAUCUUAGUCCAGUUUGUUCUCUUAUCUUUCUGUUUCUGUUUCUGCCAGGCUAGAGGCCAGAGUUCAGAUUGGCAUAUUUCCUGGGACAUUUCCCUCCUGCCCUUGAUGGUUUCAGAAGAGGAGGGAGUUUUUCUCUGAAUGGCUGUUAAUAGUAUUAGAUCAUUGCAAUUUAUGUAAUUUUCAACGGUUGUACAAUUAUACAGACAAACCUUAGAAUAACACACAACCCUUUUUAAAAAUAAAUUGGCAGUGGAGUGUUUUUCCUUAAUCUGCUUGUAAAUUUAAUGGGCUUUUCCCCCUCUCCCUCUCCCUUCCUCUGACCCAAAAAUCCUCCUAGGCGCUGAAGGAGGUUUACAAAAUAUCUCAGCUAGAUUUCCCGAUGCUCCUUUAACCAGGGCAUUGUAGCAUUGGCAUUGCACGAGGAGAGUGGCUCGUGUUAAGACUGGCUGCUGCUGUGUCUGACCUGACAGUACCAGCAGUAGCCGUGAUUUAGUAUGAUUACCUGUGACAUCUCUUUUCUUGUAAAUCAGCUGUGCAGAAUCCUGCUACACAAACAAAAGCAAACAGAGGAACUGUAGGGGAGAGACCAGGUUAAUACUGGGGGAUAUGCCUUAAGUCAGGUCAGGUUCUGCAUUUGAUGGAUUUUAGGUCUUCCAUGUAGAUUUUUGCUUUACUUGUUUUUGUGGGGAGGGUGUUGUAUUGCCAAAGUGAGUGAUGAGGGCAUAGUAGCAUACCGUUGUUAAUCAAGGCUUGGGGCUUUUGCAGAGUGAAACAAUCCAUAUUAUAACAGUGCCAUGCAGCCUGGUAAAGAUUAUUUGUGCCUGCUGGGUAACAUGGCUGAGAAAAUUUGAUCCCAUUCAUCAAGGUGAAACUAAACACCACUACAUUAUGAGGAGGAAAAGAUUAUGUAUGACACACUCCCUGGCACAUGUUGGCAUGUGGACGGGCACUUGAAUACAGGUGCACUGCUUGUGCAGAGCCUGCACCAAGCCAGGCAGAAGACUAACUAGCAAAAUUA